AUGCUUUCUGUCCUGCAGAUUUCCUUACUUUUACUUGCAGCAUCUCGUGCUUUAUACAAGCCACAAUUAUCGUGGAGGGACCAUGAGCCAGCCCCUCAAAGACUAAAGAUCUCAAACAACCUAGAUCCAAGCGACCAGUGGUGUCACGGUAAGAGACAACAUUCAAGGAUAUUGGAGGAUAAUACCCAAAUGGCAGCGGGAGUCAUGGGUGCUAUAGUGCAAAGUGUCAUCACAGCAACGGGUGUCAAGGAAAUCGCUGAAGUUUCCAGAUUAGGAAUUAUCAACGAUACUUAG